UUUCAAUUUAGCGGCUAAACUUUAUCAGACGUUUCUGAAAUACCUAUUGCAGUGCUUCUUAUCUUCUCGUCACACAGCAAAUAAUCCUGAUUGGUGCACUCUCGUUGAGCGCGCGGCUUUAGUUUUGUUUUAAACCGUAACGCGUGAUGUCAGACGACUACAGUACGUUGACCCACGUGUCGCCGGUGCUCACAAAUGAGCGUCUCAGCGCGGCGCUCUCUGAUUGGUUCAAGCGACCAUUCACGUUCACUCAUUGGGAGUACGUAAGCGAAACCGGCAAAGGUGACUCCUACCUCAGCGAGCUGAUUCGCAUAAGAAUACAUGGUACAGACGAAAAUAAUGUCCCAAACCACGUCCAAGUUAUACUUAAAUCCAUCCCUAAGAGUAUCGCUAGGAGACUGACAUUCAGAAGUCAUGAGUUCUUCAAAAAUGAGAUCACGUUUUAUGAGAAAGUCCUUCCAGCUUUACUGGACUUUCAAUCUACCAAAGACGUUAAAGACCCCUUCGAUAAAUACACCAAAAUGUUCUUUUCAUACUGCGAUGGGAUUAACGACGUACUCUGCUUAGAAGACGCAAGCUUAUACCAGUUUGGGAGCGCAGUGCGGCAAGAAGGGAUCGACCUCGAACAUUGCAAAUUGACCUUUAAAGUCCUGGCGCAGUACCACGCUCUCUCCUUCGCCAUGAAAGACCAGAAACCAGAAGAAUUUGGGAAAAUAAAAACUCAACUUACGGAAGUCUACUACCAUGACCGCUUAUGGGGCUGGUACGAGAGAUUCUGGAAGAGGAUUUCUGGUAUCGCCAUCGAUGCGGUUGAAAAAGAAUAUCCUGAUUCCAUUUACGUGGAAAAGGUUAAGGAGUUUGCUGUGCCGGGAAGGUACAAGUUUAUGAUAGAAGCGGCGACAAAAACUGAUGAAACGGGGGUUAUUUCGCACGGGGACUCGUGGACGAAUAACUUUCUCUACAAGUAUGUGGAUGGGAAUCCAGUGGAUGCUAAAAUUAUUGACUUCCAAUUAGCUCGAUGUGCUACACCUGUUCUCGAUCUCUCUUUCAUGACGUACGCUUGUACCACUCAAGAUUUGAGGGAGAAGCAUUACGAUGAUUUACUGAAGUAUUAUUAUGAGGUCCUGUCUUCUCAGAUCAGGGAUUUGGGCAGUGAUCCAGAUAAAUUAUAUCCUUGGGACCUCUUUAUGAGUGAGAUGAAAAAGUAUUCUUAUUUCGGGCUGGCGUUCAGUUUCGAGUCGACGCCUUUCAUUGUUUUGGCGCCUGAAGACGCUAUCAAUAUGGAAAUGACGGGCGACAAAGGUAUGAACAUAGAAGACGUCUGGCAGGUAGGACCUUUCAAAACUAAGGAGGGCAGACUCCGGGAGGCUAACAAUGUAAAACAUUGCGUCGAUAGAGGAUAUAUAUAAAGUAUUAAUAAGUAACUAUAGUCGUUAUGGGUGAUAUUGGAUCAAACUUAUGUAAUAUUUUGUUUAUACUCUGUGACGCGAAAAACGUUCGGAUUCUAUCUUGCCUAUCCAUAAGCAACCUGUUCACUCUGGUCUUGAAUACACCUAGGAUUAUACCCUUCGGGAACACAGACUCCAAAGAAUUCCUUUCCUUAGAAGUUUUUUUUUUACUUGCAAUAAACUAGUGCUUGACUGCGAUCCCACAUGAUGGUAAGCAGUGAUGCAAUCGUCGAUGGUAAGGCGCACUAGUUUAUUAAGUAAGAGCCUAUUCACUCUAGCCUUGAAGACACCUAAAUUAUAUUCGGACGGAAAAACUGUCCAGACUUUCAAUCCCUCGAUGUACGCGGUAUAAAUGAUGAGGCAAAACGCUUAGUCCGAGCCGCAGGUGUCUCAACAACGUAAGGGUGGAUAUUUGCCGUACGCCAGUUCUGUUCAAGUUCUGAUGAAACUGGAGGCGAAUUAUCAUCAUCAUCAAGCGUGUGGGUGGAAUGACGUUUUGCCCAUUAUUUUUGGGCUCUCCUUAGCCGAUCCAGGAAUAGUAACAUAUUCAUUCGGGUCUCGCACAUACCUAUACCCUUCGGGUGACAAAAACUCCAGCAAAGAAUUCCACACCUUAGCGGUUCUGAUAAUAAAAC